GCGAGCGGCAGCAGCAGGAGCUCCUGCAGAAGCGGCAACAGCAACUUUGUUGGUUGAAAUACUUCAUGGUUAUAUCGCACAGGGAUGCCAUCAAAAAGGAUAGCAACUUUAAAGUUAUGUUAACGAGUCAUUAGGAGAAUAAAACAUGAGUUUGUCCUCUUGCUGACAUCAGUGGCAAUGGAAGAGCUGAAACUGCAGUGGAGACUUUAAUCCAGAUUUGUUUGUUUCAGAUGCCAAAAUCAGGUUUAAAGCAAGUUAACUAUUAAAAUUUUGGACUGCAAAGCAAUGUUAAGAUAUAUAUGGAUGUGUGGCAAGACGACUACUUCUUAAAAUGGAUACAUUAAGACUUCUACGAAGUCAAGAGUGAUUGGACAACAGUGGUUCUUAGAAGAGUUGCACCUCUAGACCAUUUAGCAUCACAUUAAAUGAUCACAACUGGGAUCUCAUGCAACCUUUGUAUUUUUUGGAGAACCUUCUCCAGAAGAGAGUUAUAAAUUUAAAAGGCAGAGAUGACUGUGUUUUCUUUUGCAGCUUACUAAGAACAAACAUAUUGUCCAAUAAUGACCAGCUUGAAGCGGUCCCAGACUGAAAGGGCUGUUGCUACUGGAGUCUCAGAUGGAACUCCUAAAAUCCAUUCAGAUGACUUUUACAUGAGACGCUUUAGGUCACAAAAUGGCAGCUUGGGAUCUUCAGUGAUGGCUCCAGUUGGCCCUCCACGUAAUGAUGGGUCUCAUCACAUUACUUCUACUCCUGGAGUUCCUAAAAUGGGGGUUAGGGCAAGGAUUGCUGACUGGCCCCCAAGGAAGGAAAACAUGAAAGAAAAUAGUAGAUCAAGUCAAGAAAUGGAUACAUCAAGCUGUUUUGAUAGUAUGUCUUCAAAAAGUAGUCCUGGGAGUCAGGGGAGCUCUAUUAACUUGAAUGCUAGUGACUCUGUCAUGUUAAAGAGUAUCCAAAACACACUUAAAAACAAAACAAGACAAUCUGAGAAUCUAGAUUCUAGGUUUCUCACACCUGAUGGCUACCAUAGUUCCCCUAGAAAAGCUCUUCGUAGAAUAAGACAGCGAAGUAAUAGUGACAUUACCCUAAGUGAACUUGAUAUGGAUAGCUUUGAUGAAUGUAUCUCACCCAGUUAUAAAUCUGGACCAUCACUACACAGAGAAUAUGGUAGUACCUCAUCAAUAGAUAAGCAGGGUACUUCAGGGGAAAGUUUUUUUGACUUACUAAAAGAUUAUAAAGAUGAAAAGUCUGACCAGAGAGUCUCAAGCGCCAGCAAGUUCAGCGAACUCCUUAUAGCUAGUGGAAGUAAGGGUUCAGGAUUUUCUUUGGAUGUGAUAGAUGGACCCAUCACUCAGAGGGAAAACCUCCGAUUAUUUAAAGAAAGGGAGAAACCACUGAAGAGACGUUCAAAAUCAGAGACAGGGGAUUCUUCCAUUUUUCGAAAGCUGCGUAAUGCCAAAGGUGAAGGGGAUCUUGGGAAGUCUUCAGACCUUGAGGACAGCCGAUCAGAAGAUAGUGUCAAGCCUUGGACUUGCCCAAAGUGUUUUGCCCAUUAUGAUGUGCAGAGUAUAUUAUUUGAUUUAAAUGAAGUGGCAGUUAACCGGCACAAUGUUAUUAAACGAAGGAAUACAACAACUGGAGCUUCUGCUGCUGCAGUUGCAUCAUUAGCUUCUGGACCAUUGUCCCAUUCUGCAAGUUUUAAUUCCCCAAUGGGCAGUACAGAAGACCUGAAUUCCAAAGGAAGUCUCAAUAUGGACCAGGGAGAUGAUAAAAGCAAUGAUCUUGUAAUGAGUUGUCCUUAUUUUCGAAAUGAGAUUGGCGGAGAAGGAGAAAGAAAAAUCAGCCUUUCCAAAUCUAACUCUGGAUCCUUCAGUGGCUGUGAAAGUGCCUCUUUUGAGUCUACUCUUAGCUCUCAUUCCACAAAUGCAGGAGUGGCUGUGCUUGAAGUACCCAAGGAUAAUCUGUUGUUACACUUGGACAGAGUGAAAAGAUACAUUGUUGAACAUGUGGAUCUUGGUGCAUAUUAUUAUCGGAAAUUCUUCUAUCAGAAAGAACACUGGAACUACUUUGGGGCAGAUGAGAACCUUGGUCCUGUAGCUGUCAGUAUCAGAAGAGAAAAACCAGAAGAAAUCAAAGAAAAUGGGUCUCAAUACAACUACCGCCUCAUUUUCAGAACUAGUGAGCUUACAACACUAAGAGGUUCAGUUUUGGAAGAUGCAGUACCUUCAACUGCAAAGCACUGCACGGCCAGGGGGUUGCCCUUAAAAGAAGUCCUUGAACAUGUGGUUCCUGAACUGAAUAUACAUUGCCUCAGGUUGGCCUUCAACACUCCUAAAGUCACAGAACAGCUUAUGAAACUUGAUGAACAAGGGCUAAGCUAUCAACUUAAAGUGGGGAUCAUGUACUGCAAGUCUGGACAAAGUACAGAAGAGGAAAUGUACAAUAAUGAAUCGGCAGGCCCAGCCUUUGAAGAGUUUCUUCAGUUACUGGGAGAACGGGUUCGGCUCAAGGGAUUUGAGAAGUACCGUGCCCAACUAGACACGAAGACUGAUUCAACUGGCACCCACUCUCUUUAUACAACAUACAAGGACUAUGAAAUCAUGUUCCAUGUUUCCACCAUGCUGCCAUACACACCAAACAACAAACAACAGCUCUUAAGAAAACGACAUAUUGGAAAUGAUAUUGUGACGAUAGUUUUCCAAGAACCUGGAGCAGAAUCAUUCAGCCCAAAGAAUAUUCGUUCCCACUUUCAGCACGUCUUUGUUAUUGUCCGAGUGCACAACCCUUGCACUGACAAUGUCUGUUACAGUGUUGCCGUGACGAGAUCCAGAGAUGUACCAUCAUUUGGACCACCAAUCCCUAAAGGCAUCACCUUCCCCAAAUCAAAUGUAUUCAGGGACUUCUUACUAGCUAAAGUGAUCAACGCUGAGAAUGCAGCACAUAAAUCGGAGAAGUUCCGUGCCAUGGCCACAAGAACCCGUCAGGAAUACUUGAAAGAUUUGGCAGAAAAGAAUGUCACAAAUACACCCAUUGACCCUUCUGGCAAAUUCCCCUUCAUCUCACUUGCCUCUAAGAAGAAGGAAAAGUCCAAGCCUCAUCCAGGAAUAGAACUCCACAGUUCCGGUGCUGUUGUAUGGAGUCUCCAUGCUAAAGACUACACCAAGGGUCUAGAUAUAGACUGUCUUCUGGGCAUUUCUAAUGAAUUUGUCGUUAUCAUUGAACAAGAUACAAAGAGUGUUGUGUUCAAUUGUUCCUGCAGAGAUGUAAUAGGGUGGACUUCAACAGACACAAGUGUCAAAAUUUUCUAUGAAAGGGGUGAAUGUGUUUCUGUGGAAAGUUUCAAAAACCCUGAAGAUAUCAAAGAGAUUGUCAAAAGGCUAGAGCUUGAGACAAAGGGCUGUGAGUCAGUGGAAAUGACGUUACGUCGGAAUGGACUGGGCCAGCUGGGUUUCCACGUGAACUAUGAAGGAAUUGUGGCUGAUGUUGAACCUUACGGCUAUGCUUGGCAAGCAGGAUUACGACAAGGCAGCAGAUUAGUGGAAAUUUGCACUGUGGCUGUAGCUACUUUAAGUCAUGAGCAAAUGAUUGAUCUUCUGCGGACUUCAGUUACUGUGAAAGUUGUCAUUAUUCCACCUCAUGAGGAUUGUACCCCACGAAGUUGCCUUAUGCUUUCCCCACAAUCUUUCAGAAGUUUUUCAGAAACUCAUCGCAUGCCAGUUAUGGAAUACAAAAUGAAUGAUGGUGGAGUUCCGUAUGAGUUCAAGUUCCCCUUCAGAAAUAACAACAAAUGGCAGCGAAAUGCUAACAAGGGACAGGGGUCUCAUGUGCAACAAAUGCCAUCACAGAUGCAAAGUCCACUUACUACUAGGGGUGCCUCAGGGAAAGGUGAAGGGAAAAUGCCUCCUCCAGAGCGAGCAACCAACAUUCCACGCAGUAUUUCCAGUGAUGGACGUCCACUGGAGAGCAGAAGAUUAUCGCCUGGCUCUGAUGUCUACGUCACCGUAUCAUCCAUUGCCUUAGCAAGAUCACAGCAGUGCCGUAACUCCCCCAGCAACUUGUCAUCCUCAAGUGAAACUGGCUCUGGUGGAGGCACCUCCAGGCAAAAAUCUAUGCCUGAAGGGUUUGGAAUGAGUCGAAGAUCCCCUGCCUCCAUUGACAGACAGAAUACAGAUACUAGCGGCAGUGGUAAAUCCACCCCCAGCUGGCAGAGGAGUGAGGAUAGCAUUGCCGACCAGAUGGAACCAACAUGCCAUCUCCCUGCAGUGUCAAAGGUGCUGCCAUCCUUCAGAGAGAGCCCCACUGGAAGACUGAUGAGGCAGGAUCCAGUAGUCCACUUGUCUCCAAAUAAGCAGGGCCAUUCUGAUAGCCACUACUCCAGCCAUUCAAGCAGUAAUACACUGUCCAGCAAUGCUUCUAGUGUCCACAGUGAGGAGAAAUGGUAUGACAGUGGAGAUAGGACUGAGUCAGAGCUGAAUAGCUACAACUAUCUUCAAGGCACUUCUGCUGACAGCGGCAUUGAUACCACCUCAUAUGGUCCCAGCCAUGGCAGCACAGCCUCCCUGGGCAACUCAGCAACAUCUCCCCGGUCAGGACUUAUAAAAGAAAAAGUGGCACCACUAUGGCACAGUUCCAGUGAAGUAGUCUCCAUUGCAGACCGGACAUUAGAAAAAGAAAGCCACGUGAUGGACAGAAAGGCAGAAUCUUCACUGAGCUUGGACAUUCACAGCAAAAACCAACCCGCCUCCAAUCCUUUAACAAGAGAGAACAGUGCUUUUAGCCUUAGUGAUGCUGUUUCUCAUGCAAGUACCAUGGGUUCCCGACACUCUGCCAGCCCUGUUGUUUUCACCAGUGCCAGAAGUUCACCUAAAGAGGAGCUUCAUUCUGCCACUUCCCCACAACUUGCACCUUCUUUCUCCUCCUCUUCCUCCUCCUCUGGUCCUAGGACUUUCUACCCACGCCAGGGUGCUACUAGCAAGUACCUGAUUGGAUGGAAAAAACCUGAAGGGACAAUAAACUCUGUGGGGUUUAUGGAUUCAAGAAAGCGUCACCAGAGUGAUGGUAAUGAAAUGGCACAUCCUAGGUUACGUGCAUCGGCCAGAGACCUUCGAGCCUCACCAAAGCGAGCAUCUAAGUCAAAUAUCGAGGAAGAGUUGAAGAAGCUGAUAGAUCUAGACAGCCCAACGCCAGAGUCUCAGAAAAACUUUAAGUCUCCCUUCCCUAGCACUCCCACCUCAAGGCGUGCCUUGCAGAGGACUCUGUCAGAUGAGAGUAUUUACAGCAGUCAAAGGGAACACUUCUUCCCUUCGCGAGCUUCUCUUCUGGACCAAGCCCUUCCAAAUGAUGUCCUUUUCACCAGCACAUAUCCUUCUCUCCCCAAGUCAUUACCCUUAAGAAGGCCAUCAUACACGUUAGGAAUGAAAUCUUUACAUGGGGAAUUCUCUGCCUCCGACAGCUCCCUCACAGAUAUGCAGGAGCAGAGAAGGCAGCCCAUGCCAGACCCAGGCCUCAUGCCCCUGCCUGAUUCUGCCUCUGACUUGGACUGGUCAAACUUGGUAGAUGCUGCCAAAGCCUUUGAGGUCCAGCGAGCCUCAUUUUUUGCCACUAGUGAUGAAAACCACAGACCUGUCAGUGUUGCUUCCAAUAAUGAUCAAGCUGAAGACCAGCUUCCAGCACAGAUGAAGCCUUACACUGGUAAAGAGUCUCCUCCUUCUCUUGCUUCUAAAGUGAGCCAGCUGGAAGGUAUGCUGAGAAUGCUGCAGGAAGAUUUAAAGAAGGAAAAAGAAGACAAAGCCAAUCUUCAGGCCGAAGUGCAGCAUUUGCGGGAAGACAAUUUACGGUUACAAGAAGAAUCCCAGAACGCCUCUGAGAAACUGAAGAAAUUCACUGAAUGGGUUUUCAACACAAUUGAUAUGAGCUAAGAAUAGCACACAUGAAACAAACAUAUUGGCAAAAAAGAAAAAAGAAAAUCUCUGUAAUGGGACUUAGCUUUAAUACCAUCCUAAUCAUGACCUUUGAAAGCCCAGUCAGAGCACUUUCACAUGUUUCGUACGGUUUUUUGCAUCUCUGCAAGCACCCAGAAUUAUUGCAGAUCAACAAUCAUUGACUGCCUUUUGUAGAAAAAAAGCAAAAAGUAAUUUUAAAGAAAUAAAAGUUUAACUGCUAAAAUGUGAAUGUCUUUAUUUUUUUUGCACAUUUUCUUUAUCUGUCCUGUACAAAAUGACUUGGAGAGCAGACCAGAAUAACUGUCCAUCUGCCUCUGUUUAUUUCUAUUCACUUCUUUGUAUCAGUUUCAGAUUAAUCUGCUUUAUUCUUGCUGCUUUGGCAAAUAUUACAACUUCUAAACAACAAGAAAGUUGUUUAUUUUGUUGCUUCCUUUUUAUUGUUUCCACAGGCAAGAGGAUGUAAACUAUAUUUUGGGGUGUCUCCUUAAUGAUUUGCGCUUGACCUUCUUUAGAGCUAUCGCCACAUAUGUUGUAUAGAACCAUAGCUCAUAGAAUAAGUAUGUCUGUGUACACACAUGUACAUGUGCGUAUACAGUAUAGCCAGCAGAAACUUCAGCCAUGGGCAUGGCAAGUUAUCCAAUUCUAUUUUUGCUCAGCUUUUUGAAUUUUUGUCACCUUCCUAUGGAAGUGCAAGGGCUUUUCAGCUAUGUAAGGGUCAGACAUCACAAAUCUGGUAUACUAGAUGGGCAUCCUUUCUCAGGUUGUUUGAGAGAACAGAACACUCACAACUGUUGUAAGAACUGCCCUCUGCCUCUUCCUAUCUACAGACCUUUCUGUCAUCAUGCCUUUUCUGAUGGCAUAUGUUUGAACUUUCUUAAAUACUGAAAGCCCCAGUCCUGCGGAGCCAGGUAUUGUGUAAUUAUAUGUAUCAGCGGCUCAUUCUUCUGCAGCUAUCACAGCUCCAUAAGCGGUCCAUUGGGCUGUCUUCCUACCAGAAAACCCUCCUUUCAGCGUCUUGCUUUCAUCCAAGGCUUGCACUGUCUUCACUCGCUAUACAAGACUCAUUGGAUGCUACAAAAAAGAAGCCAGAAUGGUCCCUGCCCAAUUCUUAUCCCCUCUUGGCAGCAUCACACAAGCACCCAUAUACAGCAUCCUUGUACCUUGCCUGGUAAAGGGCAAUCAACCAAUAGCUACUGCAGUAUGGGGAUCCACCAAUGUCCAUGUGACCGAUAUUUGUUGCAACUCAUAGACUGUAUAACAUUGUAUGACAGUGUGAAUGACCUCAGUGGAAUUCACAUUUUAUAACCUUGUGCUCAGUGGAGGUGGGUGGCUCGCAUUUCAGUGGGGCAGUGGAUCCACUCUGGGUCAGAACUUUAAAGGAUCUAUCCAAAGCGCUGGACCCUACCCCGAAUGUGGGUUCAGCUCUUUGGACAGCUCCUUUAGAGUUCUGACUGAAACCUGGAGUGGAUUUACCGCCCCACUGAAAUAGGAGCCCAACCAGUCUCCGCUGCUGGUGCUUAUCCACAUUCCUGCCCAGGUGUCCUCUCUUAGCAUCCCUACAUAUAAAAAAAAGUUAGAUGCAAAUCAAGAGUUAUAUCUUUUACUUUAUUUGGCAGGUGUUAGGCGUACAUAAUUUUUUAACAGCUUUAGUAUCGGUACCCCAAGUGAAAAGAAAAUUGGCUGACUAGAACUAAAGUGAUUAAAGCCAUUCCUAUCCUUUUUAGAAUCAGGGUAAGGAGGAAAUCAGUUUUCUUACUCUUGAAUCUCUGAUGUGUGGAUUUUCCAGUAAAACUGGCUAAUGUGAAAGGUGUGUGCCGGGAGGCUAACUUGUCAUAAAAUGUCACAUCUGCUGAAAUAAACUCUUAAGUCCUGGGGAUGGGGAGGGGACUGCGUGAGCUGUUGCAGCCUGCCUAAGCAUUGUUUCAAGUGGCAUGUGGUGAACCUAGUUGUGACCGCUGCUGCAUGCAACCAUGAUAUUCUUCCCUACCCAUUGCCACCUCUAACAGUAACAAUCCAGGUCUGUCCAUUUCAUGAACGCUCCUUCUUCCCUUUGCUCCAGGCACCUUUCACUACUGGAGAUGUUCUUAACCACUGCCAUUGAGUCUUCCUAGUCUUUUUUUAUAUGCAUUUUCAUAACUCCUAACUGUACAAACCCACAUGGUUUGCUUUGACCUAAAGCUUCGUUUGUGGUGAUUAUCCCGUUGGGAUGUAUUUCUGAUAAUUGGCCAUGGAAGAGGAUUGCUUUGAAAGCAUUUCUGGAAUGUCUUAGGCGCUCUCUCUCUCUCUCCCUCCCCCCCCCCCAUCCCCAGUAACUUGUAUGAAGGAGAUCCAUAUAAUACCUGAUGUAAUUUGUAAAUGGGAAAUAUUGCUAACAUCUCUAAGCAUCCUGACUUAUUUUUUCUCUCUUUAGUUUUUUUUAA